AUGCCUCCAUUUUCAAUAAGCGACGAUGCCAAAGCAGAGUUGGAAGCGUUGGCGGAUUGGAUGCCAACCUCAGAAAUGAGGCAAGUUACAUUGUAUGCGAGUGUUUGUACAGACAACGACCGUUUUGACAGACUCCAGCCCUUUCUUGAAAAGAUGGGCCUUUGGAAAGAGGACUGUCCACAUUCUCUGUUCUCAAUAGCUGGGUAUGGGUCAAUACCUAAACACAGCGGCUUUGAUCAUAUUCUUUUCCCACUAUCAGGGAGCAUUACCAUCUCGAACACCUUCAUUCAGCCUGGAGAAUACAUGAGAUACUCAACUACUCAAACGUUCAUUGCAAAUUUGGAUCUUUUGAUCGUUUUAGUACCGGAAGCCGACCAGCCAGACAGCCCCGUACCAAAAGAGGAAAGCCCAGCUACCUCACCAACUGAAAACCCAGCACAAAACAGCUGA